AUGGCAUCUGUGGCUUCAUCAGUUAUAUUUAAGGAAUUUUGUCCCUUGUAUUAUCUCCUCAAUGCCAUUCCUGCAAAGAUCCAAAAAGGCUUUCGCUCUAUUGUGGUGUACCUCACAGCACUUGAUACCAAUGGAGACUACAUUGCUGUGGGGAGCAGCAUUGGAAUGCUUUACCUCUAUUGCAGACACUUAAACCAGAUGAAAAAGUAUAAUUUUGAGGGGAAGUGUGAAUCUAUUACUUUUGUAAAGCUGCUGAGUUGUUUUGAUGAUCUGGUUGCUGUUGGCACAGUCUCAGGUCGGGUGGCAGUUUUUCAGCUUGUGUCUUCAUUGCCUGGAAGAAACAAACAGCUCCGGAGGUUUGACGUCGCAGGCAUCCACAAAAGCAGCAUUACAGCUUUAGCUUGGAGCCCCAAUGGGAUGAAAUUAUUCUCUGGAGAUGACAAAGGGAAGAUUGUCUACUCGGCCCUAGACCUGGACCGGGGUACUUGCAACUCCAGCCUGGUGUUGGAAGAACCAUCUUCAAUUGUCCAGCUGGAUUACAACCAGAAAGUGCUGCUUGUCUCCACCUUACAACGGACUCUGCUUUUUUACACAGAAGAGAAAUCUGUCAACCAAGUUGGAACACAGCCCAGAAAAAAUUCUGGGAAGUUUGGAGCAUGUUUCAUCCCUGGGCUGUGUAAACAGAGUGACCUGACACUGUUUGCUGCCAGGCCUGGGCUGCGUCUCUGGAAAUCUGAUGUUCACGGGACUGUUCAGGCCACAUUCAUACUGAAAGAUGUGUUUGCUGGAGGAAUAAAAACCUUUGAACUGUAUCCUCGUUUGGAACCACCUGACAGAGGAAGUUACAGCUCUCCAGAGAAACACCUUGGGCUUGUGUCGUGCUUUUUCCGAGAAGGAUGGGUGCUGACCUGGAACGAGUACAGCAUCUACUUGCUAGACACUGUGAACCAGGCUUUGAUUGGUGGCUUGGAAGGAUAUGGUGAUAUUGUGUCUGUAUCCUGUACCAACAAUGAGAUUUUCCUCCUAAAGGGAGAUAGAGACAUCAUAAGAAUUUCAAGCAGACCUGAAGGAUUGUCAUCCAUGGAUGUGAAUUCAAAGUUGUUGAAUCCUUUAACAGAUACAAGUCCUAAAUUGCUGACCCCAUCAUCAGUAGUUUCAUCUGUAUCCUCCAGCCCUUCAGUGGAAACAGAUAAAAAAAUGGUUACUUCCCCUUCACUUACUGGUGAUAAAAAUGGCUCUUCAAUGAAGGAUGAUCUGGGAACUCCAACUCUAUCAGAGAAAAGUUUUGAUAGAGUGGGAGACUUGAGCCACGAAACCAGAAGAAGAGGCUGCUCUGUGGUGAGUGAGUCACGGAGCAGGAGCAGUUCUGUGAACUCUGUGGACAGUGGCUCAAGCUUUAUGUGUGCAGACCAACUAUCAGAAGCUCAGAGAGAAGCCCAGCUGUCUUCUCAGCGGUUCGAACUCCAACUCAUUGUUAAGCCCAUUAAAGUCAAGAAGAAGAAGAAGAAGAAACAGGAAAGUGGGACAAGGAGAAGCCACAGCUCUCUGGAAGGUACACCCAUUUAUGAGCGUCAGCUCUCUGGUGACAGUCCACACUCGCUGAACGCAGACUCCUUCUCCAUGACUUCCAGCCUGAUGAGUGGCAGCAUUGACCAUUUGAGUACUGGGUCUCCAGACCAGGAGAGCAUGUUCAGUAUGGAGUCCCAUACAGUCCUGCAAGAAGAUAAUGGCUCAGAAACUUUCAGUGUCCUACAGUCUCCUGAGUCAGGGACUGUGCUGAUUAGUGAGGAAAAUGGAGAUGUUGUUGAUUUACAGAAACUUCCAAACAGUGACAGUGGCACAGGUGCUUCAACUAUUGUAGAUAUUUUGACAUCUGCAUCUCCUCUGAUGCUCACAGAAGAUGUGACAGGCAGUGUUGGUGGUGAAUGUAAUGGUGGUGUGGUUUCUGCAAGCAAUGAGUGCUGCCCUGGGGAGCUGAGCCAAGGGGAGGAACAGGAUUUCCCUACGUUGUGUAAAAUAGAUGAGGACUUAGAUCAAAUGAAGCUGCAGGAGGCUGAAAAAUCUUUUGAAGAGCCAGACCUUACAGACCAGAUGUUUUUUGAAUAUGACAGUAUCCUUGGUGUCCAGACAUCACUGGCACCAAAGGAAAGUGAUGAGACUGGUAGGGAAGACCAGCAGCAGCUCUCCCUAAUCCACAGUGCUCUGUCAGACCCUUCUGCACUCCAGGCUGACAUCUCUAACGAGGUUUAUUCAGACAGCACUUCCAUUUCUGGGUGGAAUUUUGAAAGUGCAAUCAGAGCUAAAUCCACUACUAGCACUGCUGAAUGGGUAGCAGACACUCAGGAAAGUAAGACUGAGAAAUCUGCCUCAAGUGAUGAAGAGGAUAUUUAUGGACAUGGGUUACCAUAUUCAUCUUCAGAGACCAGCAUGCCUGAAGCUGGAGCUGUGCCUGGUUCACAGGACGUGGCCAAGAUCAGCCUAGAUGAAAUGGUGUUGUUAAAAUCUGACCAGUUUGCAGAGAGCUGGAUGGGAUACUCUGGCCCUGGGUAUGGCAUCCUGAGCCUGGUUGUGUCAGAGAAGUACAUUUGGUGCCUGGACUACCGGGGCAGCCUGUACUGCAGUGCCCUUCCCGCAGCCGGGCUGCGCUGGCAGAAGUUUGAGGAUGGAGUCCAGCAAGUUGCAGUUUCCCCCUCAGGGGCUCUGCUCUGGAAGAUUGAACAGAAGACUAACAAAGCAUUUGCUUGUGGAAAAGUAACUAUCAAAGGAAAACGCCACUGGUAUGAGGCUUUACCCCAGGCUGUGUUUGUGGCUUUAAGUGAUGACACUGCCUGGAUUAUCAGAACGAACGGAGAUCUGUAUCUGCAAACAGGCCUGAGUGUGGACCGUCCCUGUGCCCGAGCAGUAAAGGUUGACUGCCCUUGUCCACUGUCACAGGUCACAUCCAGGAACAACGUGGUGUGGGCCCUGAGCGAGCAGCGGGCGCUGCUGUACCGCGAGGGCGUGCGCAGCUUCUGUCCGGAGGGAGAGCAGUGGAAGAGUGACAUCGUCAGUGAGAUGCAGGCUCUGGAACCAGUGUGCAUAACCCUUGGAGAUCAGCAGACACUAUGGGCUUUGGACAUCCAUGGAAAUCUCUGGUUCAGGACUGGUAUAGUUUCAAAGAAACCACAAGGAGAUGAUAACCAUUGGUGGCAAGUAAGCAUCACUGAUUAUGUAGUGUUUGACCAGUGCAGCCUGUUCCAGACAAUAAUCCAGGCAACUCACACAGUGGCAACAGCAGCUCAGGCACCUGUGGAGAAAGUGGCUGACAAACUUCGAAUGGCAUUUUGGUCCCAGCAGCUUCAGUGUCAGCCAAGCCUCCUUGGAGUUAAUGGCAGUGGAGUCUGGAUCUCUUCAGGCAAAAAUGAAUUCCAUGUAGCAAAGGGGAACUUAGUAGGCACUUACUGGAACCACAUUGUGCCUCGUGGCACUGCUUCUGCCACAAAGUGGAUUUUUGUGUUGGCUUCCACAGCUUCAUCCAAAGAAGGAAGCUUUCUGUGGCUGUGCCAAAGCAACAAGGAUCUGUUUUGUGUCAGUGAUCAGAAUCCUCAGUUUCAUCCUUCUACGGUGCAGCUGCCACCGGAGGCCGAAAUGGUGCACUACUCUGCCUGCCAGGAUGCCAUCUGGGGCUUGGAUAGUCUGGGGCAGAUAUUUAUCAGAACCCUCUCACCCAGCUGCCCAACAGGGAUGCACUGGACAAAACUGGAUCUCUCCCAACUAG